AUCCAAAGUAUCAGGAGUUUUUCCCGCAAUUGGUUUAGGCAGGAAGAAGCUUUGGAACUGUGGAGAUGUGUCGCUGAGCCAGAAAGUGAAGCACGGUGAGCCAGUGGGCAUCUCUAUCCCCAAGGUGACGGUCCCUUGUGGAAUUCGAUCCAGCCAGAAGUUGUUAGUAAUAUAUACUUUUUGUGCAUUUCCUUUUCCGCUUUUCCAGAAACCUGAGGGUAGUUUUGUCGGCGAUAAAUGGGGCGAGAUUGAUACGCGAUUCGCAUUCUGUGCAAUUGCCUCACUUUGUUUGACAGGCCAUCUGAAGCCAGGCCAUCCACCUCCAGCAAAAGCAAAACGCGGCUCCGAAACGUCGGUUGGCAGUAGGGUGCCCGGAGUCGAUCUCGACAAAACGGCCAACUAUUUAGUGCGCUGUCAAAACUUGGAUGGCGGCUUUUCUACUAGACCAGGCAGUGAGUCACACGCCGGACAGGCUUACUGCGUAAUCGGAGCGAUGGCAUUGCUCGGUCAGUUGCGCCGGUUGGACACGGAGCGUGCAGCCUGGUGGCUGGCCGAACGACAGUUGCCUAGUGGAGGUCUAAAUGGUAGACCUGAGAAGCAGCCUGAUGUUUGCUAUUCUUGGUGA